CCUCCCCGACUCUCAUCAGUCUUGUUCGAAGCACAUCUCUCUUCUGGUUUCCACAAAACCUACGAAGACGAUCUUUUACCAUCUUCAAUCGGUUCAAGUUAAACAUGCAGCAGGUCGGAGGUUCGAGUUCGGAAGUGGAAGUGACCUGGGAGGAUCAACAGAAAAUCAACAAAUUCAGCCGACUUAACACUCGUUUCCAUGAACUUGAAGAUGAAAUCAAGGUCGCUAAGGAAACAUGUGAAAAUAUGGAAGAUGCAAGCAACGAGUUAAUUCUGACCGACGAGGAGGUAGUGCGCUUCCAGAUAGGAGAGGUUUUUGCACACGUGGCAAAGGAAGAAGUGGAGAACAGGAUAGAGGAAAUGAAAGAGGUAACUAGCAAGAAGCUGGAGAAACUAGAGGAAGAGAAGGAAAGCGUGGUUGCCCAGAUGGCUGAGCUGAAAAAGGUGUUGUAUGCAAAAUUCAAAGACUCCAUCAAUCUCGAGGAGGAUUAACAAAAUGCCAUACACUUAUACAGCCAUAGUAUAGUAUGGUAAUUUUGCCCUUCAUAAGCCAUCCAAAUAUGCAAUGGAAUUGUAGCCUAAAUACCAUUAGUAUCUUGCUGCUUGCUCUGGAUUUGUUUUAUUGAGUAGGAUUCUUCACGUGUGAAAUUUUCAGUUCAUUUAAUUUUGAUUAGUUUAUUGGUGACAACAAUUGGUACUAUAACAACCAAGUCUUUCAAGUUUAAACAUGUUUUUUUUAGGGUUUAGUGCAGUUCAGCUUAUUCA